AUGUCUAAAGUGUUCGAAGACUAUAAUUUUCCUGCUAAUCGUAUUUACAAUGCCGACGAAACCGGCAUAACUCCUGUGCACAUUCCUGGAAAAAAUUUGGCGGUUAAAGGACAACGACAAGUUGGUGCCAUUACAAGUGGAGAACGGGGAAAGUUGGUAACCGUCCUUUGUCCAAAGAAUGGCAUAACUAUAGUGACCUUGCCACCUCACACAUACCAUCGCCUACAACCACUCGAUGUUUGCUUUUUUGGACCAUUAAAAACCGCGUACAAUCGCGAGUGUGAUUCCUUUCCUAAAUCAAAAAACUGUCAAAGAAUUGACCAGUCGGAUAUUGCCGAGCUGUUCAAAAAGGCCUACAACAAGACAGCGACUAUUGAAAAAGAUGUAAAAGGAUUUGAGGCAACAGGGAUUUUUCCAUUUAACAGAGGUGUAAUAAAUGAGGAAGAAUUUCUUAUUACUGAAGAAACCAUGACAGAGGGAGGGGAACCGCAAAGACAGGAUAACAACAAAAACAAAGGGGAUAGUGUAAAAAAAGACGUAGAAAAUAAGGAUAAAACAGCAAAUAAAUUGACAAAAAUGAUAAAAGAUACUGUCAAAGGAAACAUAUCAAGCAAAGACUUGGUAGAAGCUGGUCCAUCAGGAAUUUCAGGACAAAAAACUGUCAAUAAAAUGUCGAACGAUUUUGAUACCGAUAGCGAAUCAGAUGCUAGUGUAAUUUCCUAUACAGAUCAGGAUAGUGAUAAUGACUUAGAAAAAAGCGUGAGAGUGACUCUGUCAUUUGAAGACAUUCAGCCUACAUCCCGGUUUUUAAGGAAGGGCAGGAAAACACAUUCUCAAUUAUUUACCGUGACACCAAAUAAAGAAGAAUUAAAGAAAAAAGAAGACGCAAAAGUAAAAAAAUGGAACUGGCGAAAUCAAAAGGAACCAAACGAAAAUUACUAA